CCUGGGGUCGACCCGCAGGUUUAGAGGCUGACGCGGAGAGGGAAGCGAGGAAAAACACGUGGUCCAAGCCAUGCUGCUGAAGCAGUGAAUCAGUGUAUAAAGUCAAAAUACCAAGCUGCCUGGGCCUAGCCAAAGCAGUGACUUGGAGCUUCAGAGCCAUGGCAACAAGGGAGUCAGACGCCAGAGCACAGUCGGCCCUCACCUCAUCUGCCAGUCCGAGCAAACGAGUGUCUGAAAAACCAAACUAUGCUCUUAGGUGUACUCUCGUGGGGCAUACGGAAGCAAUAUCAUCAGUUAAGUUUAGUCCUAAUGGAGAAUGGCUAGCAAGUUCUUCUGCUGAUAAAGUAAUUAUAAUUUGGGGAGCUCAUGAUGGAAAAUACGAGAAAACACUUUAUGGUCACCAUCUGGAAAUAUCAGAUGUUGACUGGUCAUCAGAUUCCAGUCGUCUUGUUUCUGCCUCAGAUGAUAAAACUCUAAAGCUUUGGGAUGUGAGAUCUGGAAAAUGUUUGAAAACGCUGGAGGGGCACAGUAAUUAUGUGUUUUGCUGUAAUUUCAAUCCACCAUCCAACCUCAUAAUUUCAGGAUCUUUUGAUGAGAGCGUGAAGAUAUGGGAGGUGAAAACAGGAAAGUGCCUCAAGACUUUGUCUGCUCAUUCUGACCCAGUUUCUGCUGUUCAUUUUAAUUGUGGUGGGUCCUUGAUCGUGUCAGGUAGCUACGAUGGUGUCUGUAGAAUCUGGGAUGCUGCAUCAGGUCAGUGUUUAAAAACACUUGUUGAUGAUGAUAAUCCUCCUGUCUCUUUUGUGAAAUUUUCUCCAAAUGGUAAAUAUAUUCUCAUUGCAACUUUGGAUAAUACUCUUAAACUAUGGGAUUACAGCAGAGGCAGAUGCCUGAAGACAUACACCGGUCAUAAGAAUGAGAAAUACUGCAUAUUUGCCAAUUUUUCUGUUACUGGUGGAAAGUGGAUUGUGUCUGGGUCAGAGGAUAACCUGGUUUACAUUUGGGACCUCCAGACUAAAGAGAUUGUACAGAAAUUACAAGGUCAUACAGAUGUUGUAAUCUCAGCAGCUUGUCAUCCUACAGAGAACAUCAUUGCAUCAGCAGCAUUAGGAAAUGACAAAACAAUUAAACUGUGGAUGAGUAGCUGCUAAACCCUUUAGAAGUCAAGUAGUAGAGCCAGGUUGGCAAAAACAUAUUUAAAAAGAUGGUUUCUCUUAAUUUUGGCAUGGUUUUAUAUUUCCUUAUAUUGUUUAGAAUUAUAUACGAUUUUAAGACCUAUAACCUAAAUUUACAAAGCAAGACAGUUGGGCCCGGCUGGUGUGGCUCAGUGGUUGAGCAUCAACCCAUGCACCAGGAGGUCACUGGUUCAAUUCCUGGUCAGGGCACAUGCCCAG